AUGUCCCAAGAAGUCACUGUCACGGUGCGUCUAGUUCGCUCUUUUGCGCACCGGAAUUUCCGGCCUAUUGUAUAUCAUGGCGUUGACCUAGACCAACGCGUGGGGGAGUUCAUGCAACAUGUGAAGAAUGGUCAGUAAUCUGAGCACUGGAAGUCUCCACCCAAAUUAUGGAAUAUACUCCAGUAGUUUUCUGUCUGACAGCUGCCGUGGCAAUCCCUGGGCGCUGUGCAAAUCAAAGGCAGCCAAAACUGAGAUCCCAGAUAUUGCAAAAUGACAGCUCUCAAAGGAACACUCUAAGUACCAUAAAUCUACAGCCCUCUGUAGUGGUUAUAGUGACAGGAAUGCAUUGACACCAUCCCCUAGUAAUUUGUCAAAUAAUUUUUAGAUCGGUUUAACAACUUGCAUGAGUGUCCCACACUGACCUCGCUGUCUCAUCGGCUGAGGGUGACCCUCCACAGCUCGGCUUAUCUCCGUAUUCGGAGCUUCUGGCAGCACAUGUCCGGCAGGACCAGUGGUUGGACCAUUUACUCUGGGAUUUUGUUGCUUGAAGUGUUUCUUUAAUGCCAAAAAGCAUAAUGGACGUAGCUAGGGCUGGGAAGCAACGUAGCUGUGUAAGGGCUGGGACGCAACGUAGCUGUGUAAGGGCUGGGACGUAACGUAGCUGUGUAAAGGCUGGGACGUAACGUAGCUGUGUAAGGGCUGGGACGUAACGUAGCUGUGUAUGGGCUGGGACGUAACGUAGCUGUGUAUGGGCUGGGACGUAACGUAGCUGUGUAUGGGCUGGGACGUAACGUAGCUGUGUAUGGGCCGGGACGUAACGUAGCUGUGUAUUGGCCGGGACGUAACGUAGCUGUGUAUGGGCUGGGACGUAACGUAGCUGUGUAAGGGCGGGGAUCGAACGUGAAGCUGCGCGGCUGGACGUGAACGUAGGCCGUGUAAGGCUGGACGUAACGUAGGCUGUAAAGGCCGGACGUAACGUAGGCUGUGUAUGGGCUGACGAAUGUAGCCGCAUGGGCCGGACGAACGUAGGCUGUGUGGGCGGGCCGGGACGUAACGUAGCUGUGUAUGGGCUGGGACGUAACGUAGCUGUGUAUGGGCUGGGACGUAACGUAGCUGUGUAUGGGCUGGGACGUAACGUAGCUGUGUAUGGGCUGGGACGUAACGUAGCUGUGUAUGGGCUGGGACGUAACGUAGCUGUGUAAGGGCGGGGACGUAUCUCUGGUGGUUGAACCUUGUGCGGUAACUGCCGUUAGAAUCACUCUGUGCUGAGCGCUCGGUGUUGAGAUCUAUUGUGUAACAUAUCUUCCUAUAUAUAUAUAUAUCUCUCUCUCGCGCUCUGUUUUUAUGCUACGUGUCAUUCACUGAAAGCUUGUCUCUUCUGUCUUUGCAGAUAUCGUGACGAGGGCAGGUUUACCGCCGCCUUUUAAGACCUAUUCUUAUGGUAAGUGUUGACUUCGUUGGGAUCGUGGGAAACCAUCUUUCUUUGGAAAUGUUUUCUUUAAAGGACCACUAUAGGCACGCUGUAUAGGGCGCAGAAAGGAUAAUGAUGGGUAUUAGUGGGUGAGAGGAUGAUUUUAUACGGGAGAUGCCCAGCACCGCAAGAUAGUCUGUCUAAACAAAACCAAGUUCUACUUUGAGUUUCCUGUGCUAAACUAGAUGUAAUCUCGCCCUUUAUGCUCUGCGUUUUGCUGUGCGUUGUAUGUGCGCUGCAUUUCGCUGUGCGUUGUAUAUGCGCUGCGUUAGGCUGUGCGUUGUAUAUGCGCUGCGUUAGGCUGUGCGUUGCAUAUGCGCUGCGUUAGGCUGUGCGUUGUAUAUGCGCUGCGUUAGGCUGUGCGUUGUAUAUGCGCUGCGCUAGGCUGUGCGUUGUAUAUGCGCUGCGUUAGGCUGUGCGUUGUAUAUGCGCUGCGUUAGGCUGUGCGUUGUAUAUGCGCUGCGUUAGGCUGUGCGUUGUAUAUGCGCUGCGUUAGGCUGUGCGUUGUAUAUGCGCUGCGCUAGGCUGUGCGUUGUAUAUGCGCUGCGUUAGGCUGUGCGUUGUAUAUGCGCUGCGUUAGGCUGUGCGUUGUAUAUGCGCUGCGUUUCGCUGUGCGUUGUAUAUGCGCUGCGUUUCGCUGUGCGUUGUAUAUGCGCUGCGUUUCGCUGUGCGUUGUAUAUGCGCUGCGUUUCGCUGUGCGUUGUAUAUGCGCUGCGUUUCGCUGUGUUUUUUUAUAUGCUCUAUUCAAUACUUGUGGAAUCACCUGCCAGUUCAUCAAUAGUAAUUCUGUCUCCAUACAGAUAAAAUGAAGAUAAUCCACCAGGCUCACGGAUCGAAGGUAUAUCUACAUAUUUACCUGCUCUCUGCCUGUAAUUUCAUAUAAUACGUGAUUAGUAUAAAAAAAACUAUCCGGAUGUAACGUAUCAAACAGGAGCUGAUGUACCAAUAUCAAAUAAUAAACUAUCACACCAAAAAUGGAUACAAAAUGUGUAACGAUAAAUGGUAAAUACAAUGUUCCAAUAAGUCACUAAGAUAGAAACACUGUCACAGCGUGCUGGCCGCUGCCUACCGCUAUAAUAAAUAUAUUACAUUCACUUUAAACCCUAUAGUAAGCAGAGUUAACCGAUCUGGCUCCCUUAUACAAGCGGUAAAUGGAUCAAACUGUUCGAAUGUACCAAACGACUACUGAAAAGUAGACUUGGAGAGCACAUAGGGAAUAUUAAAAAACCACAAAUCCCCAAACAGGUCUUCACCCGUUGGAGAGGAGAGAAAAGAGCUUGAUAACAGAAGAUUAUUGGAUUUGUAAUUUACACAGCCUUGAUCAAGAAGGUUUGAAUAAAGGCUUUUCAAAUAAACCUUAUCCUAAUAUCUGAAUAUACUUUAUACGUCUUAUUAUUUGUUUUAUCUAACUUUUUUCAUUUUUUCAUGCAUCUUUACAUUUUUUGACAUUUGCUAUAUAAACUCCUCCGACCCUCAGCGAUUGUUUAUUGACCAGCUAUUGUAUAUCUAUUGGUUUUGUUUUGGGGUUAAUUUUAUUAUUAUACUAUGUAUCAUCUCGCUUUUCACUUUGUAUCCAUUUUUGGUGUGAUAGUUUAUUAUUUGUUCUGAAUGAUUGAUAUCGGAUUCAUCAGCAGGUCAUGCUUCCCGUUUUUGUAUUCACAAUCUGUUGGUUUUUUUUGUACUUUAUUUUAAGGUUUAGGAUGGUAACAGCACUGUACAUGCUGCAAUCCCUCUGAUCCCAGCGUGUACUGGCUGCCUGAGCAUGAUAGGAGUGUGAUUGCUGUGAGCAUGUUCCGUUAAUGCCAGGUUUGUGUAGAAAUGGUGUUGCUUUUUGAAAUCAUUAAGUGUACAGAAUAUCCACACUAGUUAUUGGCAUCAGCCCUGGAAAAUAUACUGAGUUGACCCCUACUAGAUACAUAGAAACAUAGAAUGUGACGGCAGAUAAGAACCAUUCGGCCCAUCUAGUCUGCCCAAUUUUCUAAAUACUUUCAUUAGUCCCUAGCCUUAUCUUAUAGUUAGGAUAGCCUUAUGCCUUUCCCACACAUGCUUAAACUCCUUUACUGUGUUAACCUCUACCACUUCAGCUGGAGGCUAUUCCAUGCAUCCACUACCCUCUCAGUAAAGUAAUACUUCCUGAUAUUAUUUUUAAACCUUUGCCCCUCUAAUUUAAGACUAUGUCCUCUUGUUACAUAGUUACAUAGCUGCGAAGAGAUUUGGGUCCAUCAAGUUCAGCCCUCCUCACAUACAGGUGAUACUCGAAAAAUUAGAAUAUUGUUCAUUUAUUUCAGCAAUGCAACUUAAAAGGGGAAACUAAUAUAUGAUAUAGACGCAUUACAUGCAAAGCAAGAUAGUUUAAGCCGUGAUUUGUCAUACAUGCGAUGAUUACGGCUUACAGCUCAUGAAAACCCUAAAUCCACAAUCUCAGUAAAUUAGAAUAUUGUGAAAAGGUGCAAUAUUCUAGGCUCACAGUGUCCCACUCUAAUCAGCUAAGUAAGCCAUAACACCUGCAAAGGGUUUCUGAGCCUUUAAAUGGUCUCUCAGUCUGGUUCGGUAGGAAUCACAAUCAUGAGGAAGACUGCUGACCUGACAGUUGUGCAGAAAACCAUCAUUGACACCCUCCAUAAGGAGGGAAAGCCUCAAAAGGUAAUUGUGAAGGAAGUUGGAUGUUCCCAAAGUGCUGUAUCAAAGCACAUUAAUAGAAAGUUAUGUGGAAGGGAAAAGUGUGGAAGAAAAAGGUGCACAAGCAGCAGGGAUGACCACAGCCUGGAGAGGAUUGUCAGGAAAAGGCCAUUCAAAAGUGUUGGGGACUUUCUCAAGGAGUGGACUGGAGUCAGUGCAUCAAGAGCCACCACACACAGACGGAUUCUGGACAUGGGCUUCAGACGUUGUAUUCCUCUUGUCAAGCCGCUCCUGAACAACAAACAACGUCAGAAGCGUCUUACCUGGGCUAAAGAAAGUCCUCUUUUCUGAUGAGAGCAACUUUUGCAUCUCAUUUGGAAACCAAGGACCCAGAGUCUGGAGGAAGAAUGCAGAGGCACACACUGCAAGAUGCUUGAAGUGCAGUGUGAAGUUUCCACAGUCUGUGUUGAUUUAGGGAGCCAUGUCAUCUGCUGUUGUUGGUCCACUGUGCUUCAUUAAGUCCGGGGUCAACGCAGCCAUCUACCAGGAGAUUUUGGAGCACUUCAUGCUUCCUUCCGCAUAUGAGCUUUAUGGGGAUGCUGACUUAAUUUUCCAGCAGGACUUGGCACCUGCCCACACUGCAAAAAGCACCAAAGCCUGGUUCAAUGACAAUGGGAUUACUGUGCUUGAUUGGCCAGCAAACUCGCCUGACCUGAACCCCAUAGAGAAUCUAUGGGGCAUUGCCAAGAGAAAGAUGAGAGACAUGAUACCGAACAAUGCAGAAGAGCCGAUGGCCACUAUUGAAGCAUCCAGGUCUUCCAUAACACCUCAGCAGUGCCACAGGCUGAUAGCUUCCAUGCCACGCCGCAUUGAGGCAGUAAUUGCUGCAAAAGGGGCCCAAACCAAGUACUGAGUCCAUAUGCAUGCUUAUACUUUUCAGAGGUCCGAUAUUGUUCUAUGUACACUCCUUGUUUUAUUGAUUGCAUGUAAUAUUCUAAUUUACUGAGAUUGUGGAUUUGGGGUUUUUAUGAUCUGUGAGCCAUAAUCAUCGCACUUAUGACAAAUCAAGGCUUGAACGAUCUUGCUUUGCAUGUAAUGCAUCUCAAAUAUUAGUUUCCCCUUUUACGUUGCAUUACUGAAAUAAGCUAACUUUUGCACAAUAUUCUAAUUUUUUUGAGUAUCACCUGUAUGUUUUUGCUGUUGAUCCAAAAGUAGGCAAAAACCCCAGUCUGAAGUGCUUCCAAUUUUGCAACAAACUAGGAAAAAAUUCCUUCUUGACCCGAAAUAGCAGUCCGAUGUCUCCUUGGAUCAAGCAGCUAUUACCCCACUAAUUAGAAAUGAUAUCCCUGUAUGUUAUGUUUUUGCAAGUAUUUAUCCAAUUGCAGUUUAAACAUCUGUAUGGACUCGGAUAAAACCACCUCUUCAGGCAGAGAAUUCCAUAUCCUUAUUGCUCUAACUGUAAAAAAAACCUUGUCUUUGCCUUAGAUGAAAUCUCCUUUCUUCCAGCCUAAAUGUGUGACCUCGUGUCCUAUGUAUAGCCCGGUUUAUGAAUAGAUUUCCAGAUAAAGGUUUGUACUGGCCCCGAAUAUAUUUGUAUAAAGUUAUUAUAUCCCCUCUCAGGCGCCAUUUUUCCAAACUAAACAGAUUUAAUUUUUUUAACCUUUCUUCAUAACUAAAAUGCUCCAUUCCUUUUAUCAAUUUUGUAGCCCGCCUCUGCACUUUUUCUAGUGCCAUGAUAUCUUUCUUUAGAACAGGUGCCCAAAAUUGCACAUUCAAGGUGUGGUCUUACCAGCGAUUUAUAAAGAGGCAAAAUUAUAUUUUCAUCCCGAGAAUUUAUGCCCCUAUUUAUACAUGACAAAACCUUACUGGCCUUAGCAACUGCAGAUUGACAUUGCAUAUUGCUGCCUAAUUUGUUGUCUAUAACAAUUCCCAAAUCCUUCUCGUGUGUGGUUAUCCCUAAUUCACUACCAUUUAGGGUGUAAAUUGCUUGUCCAUUCUUAACCCCAAAGUGCAUAACUUUGCAUUUCUCUACGUUAAAUUCCAUCUGCCAUUUUAGUGCCCAGUCCCCCAAUCUAUCCAAAUCCCUCUGCAGCACAGCAAUAUCCUGCUCACAUUUUAUUACUUUACAAAGUUUUGUGUUAUCUGCAAACACCGAAACAUGGCUUUCAAUGCCUGGUAGUGGUAGAUUUUCUUCUUUUAGAAAUAUGCAGUAAACCGUAUUGCCAUGGCUGUGAGGUCCUAUUAGUGUGAAUGCAUGAGAGUGGAACUAUGAGUCUGGAUGUGUGCUGUUCUUGGAUUUAUCGAGGGGUGAGUGGUUCCUUCUUGAGGGAGCUUCGAAUUAGGGUUUGUACCCCGAGUGCAGUAGCAACAUCUUUUAUACUAUCUUGCCUUUUCCCGUAGACUAAUGAAUUGGUGGUGGGUUUGGAAGAAGACAACAAACUGAUUCUACAUGAAGAACACACUCUACGACAGGCAGGAGUGGGUAAGAGGAUUUAUCUAAAAGCGUAUUUACGUUAUUAAUAAAUGGCUGUGUUAAUAGCCAAGUUCAUAAAUUGUUUCAGCAGUAAACUGCUUUGCCAUGUUCGAGUUGGCCACCCUCCAGUCUGCACCCUAUAGGUGGGAAUGUGUAACUGUACUGGUUUCAUAGUAGUUAUAGUCCAUAUUCAUUGUGCGAUGCUAUAUAAUAUGAUAGUCAUAACACAGUGUCUGUAUGGAGUCACGAGAAAAUCUCUUCAUCUUCCUUUUGCUAAAUGCAAGUACCUUUUAAUGUUAAUUUAAGCAAAAUAAGAAAGAGGUGAUUCACAGAUUAACAAUAUAAAUAAAAGGAUUCCCUGCCCCCCUCCCCCACUGUGUACAGCCCCUUCACACAUCAGACAAAUUAGCAAGAUUUCCAAAUUGUAGGAAAUAAAGUUGUGAUGGACCGUCUGGCACCCCAACUGGGUGCCUCCGCCAAUUGCUGCUUCCUCAUCGCCUUGAGUACUAUAAGCACCGCACCAGACACCAUAAGCACCGUAGCCCCUUAGCCGCUACAGCUUGGCUGGGGUCUCUUCGUCCCUUCCCACCCUGGACCAAACUCCUGGAUCCAGCUAUACUCUCCUCCAAGAGAGUAUAGCAGGUCUGGCUGUGUAGCUUUUACAAGAGCUAGUGAUUCUAGCCAGUAUAGUAAUCCAAAGCUGGUAUAGCUGUUCCCUACAAUCACGCAAACAAGGCUUCUGCCUUGGGCGGCACUUUUUGCCGCCCCCCAAAUGCUCAGGCAGAUCCCUUGCUUGCCUCGCGUCCUAGGGGGCUCAAGAGCUAGUCGAGUAGCCCACCAAUAAGCUACUCCUUAUGGUUGCUUCUGGUGGCUUCUGUAGCCCGUAUGUCCCCAGCGGUCAACAUUACAGGAACCCCACGAUUCUUAUAUCCAUGAAGAGCCUGGGUCUGAGCGUACAACAUAUUUGAAGAGCGCUCAGAUUAGUUCGGUGGAACGGGAUCGCUAUUCGGUAGAAGUUUUGACUGACUGGCCACAAGGUGAUGCCCCAAAAGAGUUCCAGAGAAUCUAGGGCAGUGGUCGGUCUUCGUUCGGGAGUUCUUGGACAAAUGCUCCCCUUGACUCUGGUAGUAAAUGCUCCCCCCAGUUGGUAGAUUCUAGUCUGGAAAGUAUACAGGCAACAGUACCAUCCUGACCGGUGUUCACAAGAACGUGUAGCUGAAAUUAGUUCUACGCAUUCACUGACCAAGUACUACUACCUGUGUUCAGGAGACAAAAUGGUCCAUGCACUGGACCAUGUGUGUUUGAUUAUAUGAACUACGGCUGCCCAGGGAAAGCACUCGAGUUCGGUGUUCUAAGUCAAUAAAGCAAUAAAGAGGGGGACCACACAAAGUCCGUUCGUUUCCCGAACAAGGGGAUACAGUAUUUUUCGGAAAACGAAACAGGGGUUCGGGCAACCUCAGAGACUGAUACCUGGUCCGCCACAAUGUGUUUUUUUGAGGCAAAAACAAUAAUCCAGUGAAAGCACGUAUACAGUAAAUAGUAUGUCAGAGGUAACAUGUAGCAUAGACAUUAACUCAGUUAUUUUUUUUAAAUAGUCGAGUAAGUUUAUUAUUUUACAGAGAGGGUAGUGGAUGAAUGGAAUAGCCUUCCAGCUAAGUUGGUAGAGGAUAACACAGUGAAGGAGUUUAAGCACAAGGCUAUCCUAACUAUAAGAUAAGGCCAAUGUAAUGAAAGUAUUUAGAAAAUUGGGCACACUAGAUGGGCCGAAUGGUUCUUAUCUGCCGUACCAUUCUGUUUUUAAGGUGUCACAGUGCAACGUGAGAAUAAAAAAUAUCAACAAAUGCGAAUUAUCAAAUCAGAUACUUAGUACCAGUAACAGAAAUCUGGGCAAAGUCUGUGGAGUUUAGACAUGUCUCCCAUCAUAGGGCUGGUAGAUGCUUAUUUUUGGACUUGCCGUCAUCUUAGUCUGCGCACCUGUACACCACUACAUUGAUCUGCAAUCCCCCGGCUUUGGCAGCUUGCAGUUAUCACUGUGGUGUCCGGGAUAAUCCCUACCGGUCCAAAGGACCAAUGAGUCGUUGUGACGAACUCACUACUUCUCAUAUUCUAAGUUCCCUUCUUAAUUCGUGUUAUAGGUUUCCCCGAACACAAAUAAGUUUCCCCAGUUCGGAAACUGCAAUCUACCGAAUACCAGCCACACGCCUGGCUCACUAACUACAAACUAACCACAAACUUAAGUACUCUCCCUGUGUGGCUGCCGUUCGUAUAAUCGAACAACACGUGCUGGAGAAAACGGCGGCCAUCUUGUCUCACGAACGCAGGCAGUGACACUUGGUCGUCGAGCGUAUGGAACUCAAAGUCUGACAUAUCCACGUGCGAAUGUUGGUGAUCUUGCGUCGAUGCCUGCUUCUGUUCCUGACAAGACAGGAGAGCGCUGUUUGUUAGGAUUGUCCGCACGAACCACUAUUUGGACACUGUGGGUUGUUCAGAUCUGGACUAUCCGGGGAUAUAAUAUGUAACGGGCCGUUUUGCACACAAGGGGUAAAAACUGUUUAGGCGAUCGGCCCCCUUUCCAGAGAUACAGGCACAGCUACUGCAGAACACCAAACUCCCGAACUGGAUACAAAAUAGCACUCCAACUCCCGAACUGGAACCUCCCAAAUAGCUGCUAGCAGACGAACAGGAAAAGCAGACAAUCAGCUUACACUCCUGGCAAUCAGUCUCUAACAGCAUACAGUGAAUCCCCCCAAGAACGAGACAAGGCUCUGUGUUGAGGGUCAAGCAGUGGUCUGAGGUGCUGGCACACCCAGCCUGGUUUUUAUUACAGUCUUGCACAUACUGGACCGCCCACAGGGAGGUAUAAAAUAUCCAGUAACAUAUUAGUUACAACCCACAGAUUCCCUCCCCCUUAUCCUGAGAGGUAACUCAAUUACACAUACUUUUACCACAAUGCAUCCUGGCUUCCUCUCCUCUGCCCAGGAGAUAAUUGAGAAGUAAUUAAAUUAUCUCCCAGGACAGAGACAAGACUCCAUUAUGCACAUGGUUAGCACAAAGCAUUAAAAUACUGUACAAUACACAAAGUCCCAUUUUAUACAUAAAACAAGCAUUACUGUUAAAAUACACCAGGUAAGACACAUAACAUUAAAACUAUACAUUUAACAUAUCCCCAGAUAGCUCAGGUCUGAGCGCACAUUAUUAAGUGAAUGGCGCUCAGACCACACGAAUACAGUUUAAUCGCCAUGGAGCCAAAGUCUUUACAGUCAGUUUCAUACAAAUGGGCUCCAUGGGAUUCCUAUCUGGGGUAUAACACAUUGAAACAAAUCUACUGAACCCCAGGCAGAAAAGCACAAAUGAAGCUUUUCUGCAGGUAAAAAAGAUGUCUUUUAACAGGGGGCCAUAGUCCAAAGGCAGCAGGCGAGCAACCAGGCUUCUCCAAUGCAAUGUGGCGAGAUUGGUCUCGUCGCAUAAUACUUCUGGGUGUUCCUAUAUGUGUUAUGUGUAUUUUGGGGGAUUUUGUGCCUCUAGUGCAGAGGUCCUCAAACUUUUUAAACAGGGGGCCAGUUCACUGUCCCUCAGACACUGUUGGGGGCCAGACUAUAGUUUGAAAAAAAUAUGAACAAAUUCCUAUACAUACUGAAACAGACACAUAGACAUAUACAGACACACACAUAAGAACAUACACAUACUGACAUACAUACAGAUACAGACAUACACAUACUGACAUACAUACACACAGACAGACAAACCUACACAAAGACACAUACUGACAUACAUAUACACACACUAUGUUUCUAUACAUACAGAUAUACAUACACAUACUAAGAAUAAGAAAAUCUCAGGCACUCACUGCGAUUGCUUCCAGGCAGAUUUAUUGCAACAUUCCAUUACAUACACAUACUGACAUACAUACAUACAUAGCUAAUUUUUUAUUUUUUUUUGCAGGAGGGUGGCUGAUGGGAGUCGGCGUGGCUCUCCCAUCUUUGUGGCAGUCACUUCCUCCCAGCACUACUUGUGGCUGCAAUUUUUUAAAGAUAUAGGGUUGGCCUUAAAUGCCUGGGCUACAUGAUGAACCCUAUCAGCGUGUGGGCCCCGCUAUUGUGGCUAGGGCUGGGUCCAGGACUGUAGGCUGUAGUUUGAGGACCCCUGCUCUAGUGCCUGGGAGAUAAUUAGUUUAAGCAAAAGUAGGCUCUCUUAUCUCCCAGACACAGAGGCAUAGCGGGCCCACUGUACAAGUGAAUGGAGACCCCAUGCUGGGGUUCUGUGUAUAUAAGCUGGCCACUGGGCCAUAAUAAAACAUUCUUCUUGUACCCUUUAUCAAGUCUUGGCUGAUGUUUGUGUAUACCAGAGCUAUAAUCACUGCUUCACUUGGGACUCGGGAGAUUUAAAACGAAUGUACUCAGAGUAUACUCGGGAGUUUAGGGGAUUCGUUACAGUUGUGUUUCAAAUGACUGGUGCACCAUAGUAUGAGGGAGCUUCCCUCGUUUAGAAUCCAAAGUAGACCUUAUCUCCCAGAACUACAGUUUCUGUGUGUUAAGAAUAUGUCCGCCUUUAAUUGGCACCAGCUACCGCAUCGGAGCAUAAACCUGCACCGGUAGUCUGAAAAUAACACUCAGAUCACUGGCAAUAUGGCCGAAUUUUUUGUUCUGGCAGAGUUUCUAAAAUACUGUGCGUCCGUCUAGCUCCGGCUUCCCCAAACUCCGUCCCUCCAGAUGUUGCUGAACUACAACUCCCAUGAUUCUCAGCCUAUUUCAUUCAUAGAAUCAUGGGAGUUGUAGUUCAGCAACAUCUGGAGGGCCGGAGUUUGAGGAAGCCUGGUCUAGCUCAAUGGUCAGGCCCCAUUCAGGUAUGUGAGUGUAUUUAACCCAUAAUACAGAUUAAAGAGCAGCACACAUAAAAAUACAGUGCAUGUUCUCUGUGUACCCCCAAUUGUAUUUUUUAACCCAAUCAGCCACUGUGCAAAUGUCCCUGAGCUGCUAGUAACGUGGACAUUAAAACAUUUUCUCAUUGUAAGAAACGAUCACUUACCACUCCCUUACAAUAUAAAUAAUGUUGCUACUGCCUGAACAUUGUAGAUAUUGCCAGAGGAGGGCAGUAUAAUGCUUCCGGCUGAGUCAUAGUCUUUCUAAUUAUCUGUUACUGGUGAUUUGUUAACCCUUUCCUUACUGGGGGCGAAUCGCUUCGCUGACGUCUGUGUUUAGCUGAAUACUUUGAGUGCCAGAGAUUGCCCAACUCAUUAUCCAAGGAGAGGCUUUUAUUAAUGUGAUAUUGCGAAACAUAAGCCUACAUAAAGGGUGCAGCAUGUACAUACGGCUGGAUUAUAACCGCAGCUGAUAAUCUGCUGAAGGCGUACCCCUGGGACGCAAUCCAAAUAGCCAUCAAAUGAAGAAAGGAGGCGCCAUACACUGCAGAUACCAGAUUAGUAUAUCUAGAUCUAGGGAACCUGGUACACUUCGAAUGUCCCAUAUCUGUUCAGACUUUCAAUAGAGACCUGAGCUCAGUGAAGUUCUUUUCUUCCAACGACUGCUGUUUAGUGCAUAUAGCCUGUUGUUCAUGUCCACAGGGGGCCUCGGUCUCCUCCAUUAAAUUGGCAGGAAAUAAAAAUGGGGGCACUGUGUUGGCACUGUGUAUGUGGCUUCUGCUACGUCUGAGAAAAUGGGACACCGGCAGGCCAGUCCUAGGUUGAUAAUCCAUUCUUUAUUGUCUACAUUAAAACACAGGGAGAACAAAACUAAAAUUUAGCAUUUAGUAAUUAUAAAACAAACAGAGUGAGGAAGACAGAAUGAUCUAUAAGAUUAGGCAGAAAGAGGCUAAGCAAGUUAUAAGAGCUUCCAAAUCACACACAGAAGAGAAAAUAGCACAGUCAGUAAAAAAGGGGGACAAAACAUUUUUAGAUACAUAAAUGAGAAAAGAAAAGUAAAACAAGGAUUAGUUAGAUUAAAAACAAAAGAAGGAAGGUAUGUAGAAGAGGAUAAAGGUCUAGCCGACUGCCUCAAUGAAUAUUUUUGUUCUGUAUUUACAGAAGAAAAUGAAGGAAAGGGACCUCAGUUGAGAAAAAGGAUAAAUGAGUCAUUUAUUACACGUGAGUUUACAGAGGAAGAGGUUCUAUUUCAACUAUCAAAAGUAAAGACAAAUAAGUCAAUGGGACCUGAUGGAAUACACCCAAAGUUAUUAAAAGAGCUUAGUGGUGUACUAGUAAAACCAUUAACUUAUUUAACCAAUCAUUGUUAACAGGAGUAGUCCCAGAAGAUUGGAAGUUAGCGAAUGUUGUGCCCAUUCACAAGAAAGGUAAUAGGGAGGAGUAGGGCAACUAUAGGCCAGUAAGCCUUACUUCAGUAGUGGGGAAAGUGAUGGAAACCAUGUUAAAGGAUAGGAUUGAUGAACAUCUAAAAACACAUGGAUUUCAAGAUCAGAGACAACAUGGGUUUACUUCAGGGAGAUCAUACCAAACUAAUCUUAUUGAUUUUUUUGAUUGGGUAACUAAAAUAAUAGAUCAGGGUGGUGCAGUAGACAUUGCUUACCUAGAUUUCAGUAAGGCUUUUGACACUUUUGCACAUAGAAGGUGUAGCGGAUGUCAUGUGACUGUCCGCCAGAAUUAUAUUUUAAAAGACUGUUCUCAUGUUUAAACUGCCUGUACAUUGAAAAUUGCAUAGACAUUCGUAUGUUAGUUCGGUAGUUUCCUUCAUAGUUUAUACGAACGGAAACUACCGAAUACAUAGACCACCUUAGAGAAGUGUGUCCCUAGUUAAACCCUUAUUACCUCUCUAACCGCAGUUAAUUGAUGUUAUAUUGUUGUAUCUGGGUGGCCGCCAUUCAGUAGACGAACACGCGGCGGCGGCCAUCUUACGCACGAACUCUCAGCGGUGUUUGGUCGUCGAGUGUCUGGAACUCAAAUCGGACACUCAAUUGCGCGAAUACCGCUGAGACCUCCAGAGCUCCAGAACUCACGAACGGAGGGGCUAAUCGACUCCUCGUUCGGUGAGUUCCAUCUACCAAACAAGGGGGUUCGUGCGAACCCGGUAUUAUCUAUGGAUGGCAAGGAUUUAUACCUAUUUUACCUCCCGAACGUAGACCGACCGCAGGGCCAAAACACAUGGAACUCCUUUCGGCUACAUAAUCGUUUAUUCCCUAUAACUCCCGAACCCCUGGUCUGAUCUGGGUGAAUUUUGAGUAUGUUGGUCACCCAGACCAGUUUUGGGGUACAUCCAAGAAACAGGGGAAAAGGUACCAGGAUUAAGUGGAUUAAGUGUCAGACUGAGUGGAGGGAAAGUAGGGGAGGGAACCUCUGUAUGAUUGGUUACUGUUAUAAUUACUGGAAAUCCCUCCCUUGCAUGGGAGAAUCCUUUAUAAGGAACUGCUGUGAAUAAAAGUUUAGUUCUGCUCCUGAUGCUGUGUGUCGUCCAGUCAUUGGGAUUGCGAUUGGGAUAUUGUUGGAGUCUUUUUGCCUGCUGGAAUUAUUACUUGGUGGAUUUAUUAUACUUGUUCCUGAGCCUUACUGGGAUCUAAAGUGGAGAUAGGCUGUGUAAUACCAGCUCUCCGCUACCGAAGGCUUAUCAAUAAACUGCAAUCUUUAAGUUUGGAUUCCAAUAUUGUUGAAUGGGUAAGGCAGUGGCUGAGUGACAGGCAACAGAGGGUUGUAGUCAAUGGAGUAUAUUCGAAGCAUGGGCUUGUCACCAGUGGGGUACCUCAGGGAUCUGUACUUGGACCCAUUCUCUUUAAUAUUUUUAUUAGUGAUAUUGUAGAAGGUCUUGAUGGUAAGGUAUGUCUUUUUGCUGAUGAUACGUAACAGGGUUGAUGUUCCAGGAGGGAUAAGCCAAAUGGCAAAUGAUUUAGGUAAACUAAAAAAAUGGUCAGAGUUGUGGCAACUGACAUUUAAUGUGGAUAAGUGCAAGAUAAUGCAUCUUGGACGUAAAAACCCAAGGGCAGAGUACAGAAUAUUUGAUAGAGUCCUAACCUCAACAUCUGAGGAAAGGGAUUUAGGGGUGAUUAUUUCUGAUGACUUAAAGGUAGGCAGACAAUGUAAUAGAGCAGCAGGAAAUGCUAGCAGAAUGCUUGGUUGUAUAGGGAGAGGUAUUAGCAGUAGAAAGAGGGAAGUGCUCAUGCCAUUGUACAGAACACUGGUGAGACCUCACUUGGAGUAUUGUACACAGUACUAGAGACCGUAUCUCAGAAGGAUAUUGAUACCUUAGAGAGGGUUCAGAGAAGGGCUACUAAACUGGUUCAUGGAUUGCAGGAUAAAACUUACCAGGAAAGGUUAAAGGAACUUAAAGGGACACUAUAGUCACCUGAACAACUUCAGCUUAAUGAGGUUGUUCAGGUGAGAACAAUAGCUCCCUGUAGCCUCUCAUGUAAACACUGUAUUUUCUCAGAAAAUACAGUGUUCACCUUGGAAGCUAGGAACACCUCCAGUUGCAGUCACUCAGACGGCCACCAGAAGGACUUCCAAGUUCAUGAAAGCCUAACUCGCAUUCCCCACGUUUGAUGUCUUCACGCUUGGACGAAUAGAUGAAACGUGAUUUCUAGAGACAGGAGGCACUGUGAACGUGCCUGUCAGCAAUCAGAGCCAACAGUGUGUGCGAUAACGACCUCCUGCACACAGCGUGGGCUCGAGCUGACAGGCAGAAGGCAGAAGACCGAGCAGGAGAAUCUAUUGACUUCAAACAGUAAGUAAACUUAUUUGAAAAAUUGAGUGCAAGUGUGUGAGAGAGCGAGUGCGAUCAAGUGCGGAAGAGAAAUAGAUAGUGUGAGAUAUCUCUAUAUAUAGUGCUUGUAUACACAAACCUUUGGCUUAGGAGGGUUGCCGUAGGAGGGUGGGCAUAGACAGCGAGCUGAGCUGUCAGUCAGCUCACGAAUGUGCAUACUGCUCACAUGCGCGGUAGAGCGCUCUGUUCGUUCAUAGAGCGGCCUUUAAUGCAGCUCUAUGAAUAACCUGAUUGAUGCAGUACGAAGCCGCACAUGCGCAUCAGGGAGCAAUGACGCUUCUCAAAGAGAAGCGUCUGAUUGGGCCCUGCUACUUCGUCAUUUUGACUAAAAAGGGCGCGUGGCCUGCCAAGGAGCACGGCGCUGGAACGGAGGUAAGUUUAUAUCAUAAAAAGGGCUGAAAUGUAUUUAUUUUCAAUGGCAAACUUAUAUAAAAGCCACAAAGAAGGCUAGGGGACCUGUCUUUCUUGCUUUUAUAUGUUGACUAUAGUGAUCCUUUAACAUGCACAGCUUGGAGGAAAGACGAGACAGGGGGAUAUGAUACAUAAAGGGAAUCAACACCGUAAAGGAGGAGACUAUAUUUAAAAAAAGAAAAACUACCACAACAAGAGGACAUAGUCUUAAAUUAGAGGGACAAAGGUUUAAAAAUAAUAUCAGGAAGUAUUACUUUACUGAGAGGGUAGUGGAUGCAUGGAAUAGCCUUCCAGCUGAAGUGGUAGAGGUUAACACAGUAAAGGAGUUUAAGCAUGCGUGGGAUAGGCAUAAGGCUAUCCUAACUAUAAGAUAAGACUAGGGACUAAUGAAAGUAUUUAGAAAAUUGGGCAGACUAGAUGGGCCGAAUGGUUCUUAUCUGCCGUCACAUUCUAUGUAAAUUAAAAGUAUUCUUAAGAUUUACCAUUGGAAGAAUUUCAGAGAUGGGAAUCUCCGCGUUUGAUAUUCACACAUAUUUUUAUUAUUACCUAUAUUUUUAAUGUUUUUAUUUUUUGUUGUUUGUAACCCUUUAAAUGAAGCUUUUUGUAGGGGCUAAAAGAAGGAUGAAAUUCCUAUAUCAUGCGAUCAGUUUGUUUAAUGAGGUCUGAUGGGGGUGGGCUGGUGAUUUCGGACUGUAUUGGGACUUUUAGAAGCUGUGGCUGGUACAGUUUGCCAUUACGUGUUGCUCAGGACUUCAGCUAAUUAUUCUUAGUAAUUUCACUUUGGGCAUCAUUAAUGGGUUCACUGGAUGGGUUGUGUUUUGCUGUUAAUGGGGACCUAUGUGCCUUUAAAUGAUGUGUGUUGCAGAGAAUGGAAAUUCUUUUGCUUUUCUUGCAGAGUGUCCUUGAUUAGCCCAGCGUUCUCUUAUUUUGCGAUGUUCUGCUCUCAAGGUGUGUUUUCUUAUUGCUGAGCUCUGCCAGACGGGGAUGAAAGGGUUUCAUUCCCACAUAGUGUUUGGAUUUGCCCAGAAUGGCUCAAUCUGCUGACACAAGUUUGAAAGAGCAGGUCCUUGACCCAUCGGGGUGACAGUUUAGUGACUGCUCGUAGCUUCCCUCGUAUGCUGAAACUAAGCGCAGUCCCAGGUGGGUAAUUAGCAGCGUUUGAAGGUACUGUACAAGCAGCCAAUUUGUGGCUCACUUUGCAUAUUUUUCAAGCUUUAUGAAUUAAUCAUCAAGCAAGAUGAAGUUCUACAGACACCUUGUGCCGGCCGUUUGGGAGAAAGUUAAAUAUUCUACUGAUCCUUCAAAUAUGACUAAACGACAUGUGCCAAUAUUCUGGCUCCUUUUAUAAUAUGCUGUAGUAGCUCUGUAUGUAAUAUGCAAUGUAUAUCAUACUCUGUAAUAUGUGGAGUAUCUCAUACUCUGUAAUAUGUGGAGUAUCUCAUACUCUGUAAUAUGUGGAGUAUCUCAUACUCUGUAAUAUGUGGAGUAUCUCAUACUCUGUAAUAUGUGGAGUAUCUCAUACUCUGUAAUAUGUGGAGUAUCUCAUACUCUGUAAUAUGUGGAGUAUCUCAUACUCUGUAAUAUGUGGAGUAUCUCAUACUCUGUAAUAUGUGGAGUAUCUCAUACUCUGUAAUAUGUGGAGUAUCUCAUACUCUGUAAUAUGUGGAGUAUCUCAUACUCUGUAAUAUGUGGAGUAUCUCAUACUCUGUAAUAUGUGGAGUAUCUCAUACUCUGUAAUAUGUGGAGUAUCUCAUACUCUGUAAUAUGUGGAGUAUCUCAUACUCUGUAAUAUGUGGAGUAUCUCAUACUCUGUAAUAUGUGGAGUAUCUCAUACUCUGUAAUAUGUGGAGUAUCUCAUACUCUGUAAUAUGUGGAGUAUCUCAUACUCUGUAAUAUGUGGAGUAUCUCAUACUCUGUAAUAUGUGGAGUAUCUCAUACUCUGUAAUAUGUGGAGUAUCUCAUACUCUGUAAUAUGUGGAGUAUCUCAUACUCUGUAAUAUGUGGAGUAUCUCAUACUCUGUAAUAUGUGGAGUAUCUCAUACUCUGUAAUAUGUGGAGUAUCUCAUACUCUGUAAUAUGUGUAAUAUGAGUAGUAUCUCAUACUCUGUAAUAUGUGGAGUAUCUCAUACUCUGUAAUAUGUGGAGUAUCUCAUACUCUGUAAUAUGUGGAGUAUCUCACUCUGUAAUAUGUGGAGUAUCUCAUACUCUGUAAUAUGUGGAGUAUCUCAUACUCUGUAAUAUGUGGAGUAUCUCAUACUCUGUAAUAUGUGGAGUAUCUCAUACUCUGUAAUAUGUGGAGUAUCUCAUACUCUGUAAUAUGUGGAGUAUCUCAUACUCUGUAAUAUGUGGAGUAUCUCAUACUCUGUAAUAUGUGGAGUAUCUCAUACUCUGUAAUAUGUGGAGUAUCUCAUACUCUGUAAUAUGUGGAGUAUCUCAUACUCUGUAAUAUGUGGAGUAUCUCAUACUCUGUAAUAUGUGGAGUAUCUCAUACUCUGUAAUAUGUGGAGUAUCUCAUACUCUGUAAUAUGUGGAGUAUCUCAUACUCUGUAAUAUGUGGAGUAUCUCAUACUCUGUAAUAUGUGGAGUAUCUCAUACUCUGUAAUAUGUGGAGUAUCUCAUACUCUGUAAUAUGUGGAGUAUCUCAUACUCUGUAAUAUGUGGAGUAUCUCAUACUCUGUAAUAUGUGGAGUAUCUCAUACUCUGUAAUAUGAGGAGUAUCUCAUACUCUGUAAUAUGUGGAGUAUCUCAUACUCUGUAAUAUGUGGAGUAUCUCAUACUCUGUAAUAUGUGGAGUAUCUCAUACUCUGUAAUAUGUGGAGUAUCUCAUACUCUGUAAUAUGUGGAGUAUCUCAUACUCUGUAAUAUGUGGAGUAUCUCAUACUCUGUAAUAUGUGGAGUAUCUCAUACUCUGUAAUAUGUGGAGUAUCUCAUACUCUGUAAUAUGUGGAGUAUCUCAUACUCUGUAAUAUGUGGAGUAUCUCAUACUCUGUAAUAUGUGGAGUAUCUCAUACUCUGUAAUAUGUGGAGUAUCUCAUACUCUGUAAUAUGUGGAGUAUCUCAUACUCUGUAAUAUGUGGAGUAUCUCAUACUCUGUAAUAUGUGGAGUAUCUCAUACUCUGUAAUAUGUGGAGUAUCUCAUACUCUGUAAUAUGUGGAGUAUCUCAUACUCUGUAAUAUGUGGAGUAUCUCAUACUCUGUAAUAUGUGGAGUAUCUCAUACUCUGUAAUAUGUGGAGUAUCUCAUACUCUGUAAUAUGUGGAGUAUCUCAUACUCUGUAAUAUGAGGAGUAUCUCAUACUCUGUAAUAUGUGGAGUAUCUCAUACUCUGUAAUAUGUGGAGUAUCUCAUACUCUGUAAUAUGUGGAGUAUCUCAUACUCUGUAAUAUGUGGAGUAUCUCAUACUCUGUAAUAUGUGGAGUAUCUCAUACUCUGUAAUAUGUGGAGUAUCUCAUACUCUGUAAUAUGUGGAGUAUCUCAUACUCUGUAAUAUGUGGAGUAUCUCAUACUCUGUAAUAUGUGGAGUAUCUCAUACUCUGUAAUAUGUGGAGUAUCUCAUACUCUGUAAUAUGUGGAGUAUCUCAUACUCUGUAAUAUGUGGAGUAUCUCAUACUCUGUAAUAUGUGGAGUAUCUCAUACUCUGUAAUAUGUGGAGUAUCUCAUACUCUGUAAUAUGUGGAGUAUCUCAUACUCUGUAAUAUGAGGAGUAUCUCAUACUCUGUAAUAUGUGGAGUAUCUCAUACUCUGUAAUAUGUGGAGUAUCUCAUACUCUGUAAUAUGUGGAGUAUCUCAUACUCUGUAAUUUGUGGAAUAACAUGGCUCUGGUUCUAAGUUUGUGGGAAUAUGGUGCUGCUAUGUCUGCAGUGUGUGGGAUUGGCAGCUCAGGAUAUACGAAGGUCCAUGAUGUUUAAUAAACAAUAUACUCCAUGUGAAAGUAAUCCUACUGCAUGAUAACCUGGUUUAAAAAUAAAUGUUUUAUGAUUUAAUAAUUGAUAAACAUUGCUACAGCUCUUGUUUUUGCUAAUGUGAGAGCCAAGAUGUAAUUAUUUUAUAGCUGAGCUGUGUAAUUGGUCUCGUCACGAACGCACCCUACUCCAAGUGUGCACGCGACUUGGUUCUGGUGGUGAGAGUUACAAUUCUGCACUAGAUCCGAAAUAAUGAUAAGAAUCCACCCUAACACUAAUCACAUUUAAUUAGUAUUACGAUUUGUAUUUUUUAUGCUGCAACAUCCAAGACCAUUUAUACAUGGGUUGCCUUGGUCCCCCAAGUAAAUUACAAUAAAAACCCACCGAAUACAAUUUAACACAAUGUCUGUGCAAUUACAAACCCUAAUAAAUUGGUCUCUUCAGGUAACGUGAGUGAGUCUUUACCAGACAAAGGCAGAAUUUAAUAAAGGAAUAUUUAUUAUGAACAAAUAGUUACAGUGCAUACAAAAAAUGACAAAUUUACACCAAUCAACAGAUAAAGAAAAAAAAUAAAAAGGAGAAAUUAACAGUAGUCCUAAUUACUCACUCACUUUAGGUUUUAAAAGUAACAGAGUCUUCUGCCUGGGGGAGCUCCGGCAACUUACAAAAAUAUUAGAUCGUGGCUCCUUGUACGCACACUUAACAUUUGCACAUCAAUUCGAUUUAUACCUCCUGAAUUCAUCUCGGGUGUCCAAGCCGGCCCAGAGGGGGUAUAGAUGGAUGGAACAAUAAGUGAUCUUCCCCUUGUGUUUCAGUCCAAAUACAAAGAAAUUUUGGCUUUAUUUCCUCGCUCGCUACAGAAAUAAAAAUUGCACCUGUGACUUUGUUGCAAUUUUUCCAUUCUGGACAUAUGCCACACUUUGUACUUAUGUCCAAAACAAUGGACUUCCCAAUUCCUUCCAAAUGACUUAAGAUGCGCUACCUAUAUUUAUACUCUUUAUAAAGCCUGCAUUCUAUCAAAAGGAGGCCCGAUUAUUCAUCUGUGAGUUAUUAUUAAGGUUUCUUUUGGAUAGGACACUGGAACUCAAUGGUUCUCCUGAAUGCUAAUGGUCAUUAACACAUCAAAAAAUCCACUGUCUAAGAGGAGAUAAAGGCAUAUGGCAAAUUAGAGAGUUAGUUUACAUUGAAGGAGAUUCAGAGGCAACUCGUGUAACAUUUCACUGCUUUAAAGGAGUUGUAAACCUUCUGCCAUCUAUCACAUCCCAAUAUACUUUAAAUUAAUCCCUUCUGACAUCUAUGCUCUACAAUCAAAUUGGCCAUACCACCUCUACCAAGUAGCCAAUGCAUGUAUGCACUGCACAAAUCUCAUUAUAAAGCAAUAUUCUAGAGUGCUCCCUCAUAGUAACAGGUCUGGCAAUGUUCAAAGUUUCAUUUGAAAGGGACACACUAGCAACAUGGCUACCUCCGCUAGUACGAUAACCAAUAGAAUGUUGAGAAUAAAAGUUAUAGGUCGCGCCACAGAAACAGAAUGUUGCCUAGAAUCCCGUGCACCAUCUCUUGGUUUUAAUAUUAAACCAUUCUGCAAUGGAUUUAUAUAGUCCAUGGUAUCCAAUUACGGUUUCCAUUUGAGCCACAUUUAUAACGCGGUAUUAAAGCUACCAUGGACAGCAUUUGCGAAGAGCGCUGUGGGAUUGUUAGCCGAGCCCGGGUUGGCUUAGCUCUCCCUGACUCUUAAUAUUUCUGAUGUGUCAAUGCUUCUGAGAUAGGGUUAGAAAUUAAACCGAGGCACGGUGCCAGGAUACUUUAGGCCCCACAAAGAUUACACAGAGUGGUAACGAUACAAUGAGUUGUAAUAUGUGGCGGCCACCCCGAGAGGAUGAGGGGUUUCGCCGCCAGAGAUGUUCUUUCCCCCUAUUCAGAGUGAUGCUUUCCAAAUCCCAAGGACGGUAUAGCUCUUUUUUUUAAUUAUUAUUAUUACUGCUAUUUAUAAAGCGCCAACAGAUUUCGCAGCGCUGUACAAUUAGUGGAGAAACGUACAAUAUACACAGACUAAUACAAGAGGUAGAGAGGGCUACAAGAGCUGAUGAUUAUAGCUAGUAUAGCGGUUCCCUACAAACAUAAGAUGAGACUCUAUGUUGAGGGUAGGCAGGAACUGGUUUAUUGGUAGUUACACUGGCUUUUUAUGUCAAUCCCCAUGCAAGGGGCACUCCCCUCGGGACCUGAGAGUAGACUACAGUAAAAACAUAUACACGAUUACAUUGGCUCUCCAGGACACUCCCAUACAAAAUAGGUUAAUUUGAUUAUUGAGUCAAGCACUGCACUAAACUCAAUGAUCUUCAGGCACAGAAAACAUAAUUUUUACAACAAAUAAAAAAUUCCCCCAAAACACAUGGAAACCCCAAUAUAGUCAUAUCCCCUGAUAGCCCUGAUCUAGGGGACCAACAUAUCCAUAAAUCACCCAGAUUGGUUCAGGGGUUUAGGGUUUCCAUGGAAGUCUCAGUUUUGACCGAUCACACACGAGGCUCUUGCCCCCAAAAAGUUCCAUGAAAUCAGGCUGUGCGGUUGGUCUUGUGGCAAAAGUAACCUCGCCACUGGUUUUUGGAGGGGCCUGUUUGCCAGCCUCCUGCCAUGUGACUAUGGCCCCUGGAAUGUAUUGCCCUUUAAAGACAUGAUUUGGGCAUAAUGGAUUUGUGUUGUGCUGCUGCUGGCCCUUUAAGAACCAUCUGGGGACAUACUGUGGAGUUACUGGGUGGCCACCAUUUCAUGUAUCAGAAGCACAUGGUGAGAACAAUGGAUGGCGGCCAUUUUAACUCACAGACACUGUUUGGACUUUUCAACACGGUGCCAUCUCGCCAGUAUUUGGUGCACGAAGACAUCGUUCAGUAGUUUUAAACUAUACAACAGGGGACACAUUAUACAGUAAUUAUUUUUCAUAUAGCCUGUAUAUGUUCUGCGGAAUCUGCAUUAAACUGCAUCUUCCAAACUACUGAACGGAUCUGGGUGAAUUUUGGAUAUGUGGUAUAUAUAAAAGUAUAUAUACUUUUUAUGGGGUUAUUGCAUGUUUUGGGCUCCCUGUGAUAUUUUUUAUAAUAUUGUAUUUCUCUGCCUGUGAUAAUUAUAUUAACCAUUGUGUUCAGUAAUCAUAUCACAGGCAGAGGGGAGGAUUUUGUGUGGGAAUGACUGUGUGUAUUGUACGGAUUAAUUGGUUGUAUUUCAAAACCCUGUGGGCAGUACUAUGUUUGUGGAUUGUGAAUAAAAGAGGCUGUAUGUGCCAGUACAGUCAGUUCUGCUUGACCUCAAAACGAAGUGUCAUCUCGUUAUUGGGGGAAUUAGAUUGUAUGCUGAUUGCCAGGAGUGUAAGCUGAUUGUAUGCUUAUCCUGUUCAGCUGCUUACAGCAUUCAUAUGCUUGAGAGAAUUCGUAUGCUUCUCCGGUUCGGUGGUUGCGGUGUCUGCUGCAGUGCUUGGAGUCCUCAGGAAGCGCUAGGAGCAUCCUUCAACGGAGGUACCCAGUCGGGGUGCCAGGUGAUCUGUUACAGGUCUCUUUCGGAAGUGACGGUUUGGAAGUACAAUCAGUCUUCAUUCCUUGUUUCGGGAGCUUGCUCCCACCGAACGCCCUUCAUUUCUCACGUAUGUUACCGAACUUCUAUGGAGGUGGAAGUUUUAGCGGUGUUUGCGGCUAAAGAUGGCCACCACCACGUGUUCAGCCAUACGAAUGGUGGCCACCCAGCCGACCUCUCAGAAUGUUGAGAUAAUUACAGCUACUGAGGUGCGAACAAAGGUGAAAAGGGUCAAUGAGCAGAACACACCUGCCCUGGGUGGUCUGGCUGUGCGGUAGUUUGUUCGGUAUAUACGAAAUAGAUAGGUCUUAGGUGUCCGGUGAGUUUGUAUAACGAACUAUGCAGGGUAUCAAAAUAAACAAAAAUUAACAGUAUGGAAUCCGUCACACAAUACUUCAAUGCGAUAUAAUAUAAGAAGUGUAAUAAUAAUGAUGCAAUAAGCCAGGGGUACCAAAAAGGUAGAUCCCCAGAUGUUUUAAAACUACAGCUUCCAUGAUGCUUUGCCAUUUGAAAGGCAUGCAAAGCAUCAUGGGAGUUGUAGUUCUACAAUAUCCAUAGAUCUACCUUUUGGGCACUCCUGCAAUAAGCUGUAAUAACACAGUGACUGAUUUCUCCUGAGCUAUCUGCCUGUAUUCAUUUCCCUAGUGCAGGAACUGGGGUGGGAGUGGGUUAGGAUGCCUUUAGCAGACAUUCCCUCUGAGGGCAGUAUAUUAUUAUUUUAUUAUUUAUAUAGCGUCAUCAGAUUCCGCUGUAUAUAGAUGUUUGGUGACGGGAGAUGAGGCUAUGUAACUGAUUUAAAAUGUGUUCUUUGGGAUAAAAUGUCUGUUUGCUGUGAAUCUGUGCACUGUGUGUGCGCUCAAUGUAUCUGAUUAAUUACUAGAGUUACCCCACAUGGGUUCUGGGUACAGCGGCUUUUUAUGGUGUUAAAUAAUUCUUGUAUAAUGCUGGUUUGGGGGUUGCGGGCAAAAUGAUUGAUAGUUUGUUUAGAGCAGUCACUCUUUAAUUUGAAUGUUCUGUUUGUCCUGCAGCCAAUGAAACAGAGCUCGCUCUCUUCUGUGACCAGGAUUAUGAAGCCUACAAAUCCAAUCCGGUGUCUGCGUGGUAA